AUGCCGGCGAUCCCUUUGACCUCAUUGAAUAAUACAAUAGUCAAUAAUAACACCGUCACAAAUGCUACAAGUGAUGUAUUGCAAGUCGUGUGCGCAUGGCCUGUAUCUGGUCAGUAUGGGCCAGGUUCCCGGGUUCUAUACUAUGUUCUCGUAGCAGCAUGUGUUUUUCUUCGCAAACAACAAUGGCUGAAAGAAGCUUGUUUGGCAGCUGCAUUGCUUUUCCCCGCCGUUGCUGCACUUCAUGGAAUAGUGCUUGCAGCGGUCCACGUGGAUGGUGCGGUUGAUAUGGAUAUAUACGGAGCUUUCCAACUGUGCUCCAUAGGUGUUUUAGCUGCACCGAUAACUGUGAAGCUAUCACGAACAUACUUUUUUGAAACACCCGGCCGAAACACCAUCUUUUUAUGGACUGGAUUGAUAUUUGCUGGCCUGUUGAGUUUAACUGUGGAAUUCAUUAGGGUAAGCACAAGUCCUUGCUUAAUCAAUAAUGACGGGCAUCCAGCCUAUUUCACUCGAGGAAAUUUCACCUAUGGUUCGACAUGUGGUCUUACUUGUGAUGUCACCUCUGGCCCUUUCUCUCCAAUGCGCGGCGGCUCGGCGAAUAAUAUCUACGUUAUUCCUGCACCGAACAAACUCACCUUCGACACUGUUACUCUUCUCUCAGCCGCAUGCUGCAUUCCUGCUAUACUCUCACUUGUGUCUAUGUGGAACAAAAUCCGUGAGACAAACUGGAACAAUCGUUUCGGCCAUAAAGAAGAACCUAUUGAUGCGCCGAUUGAGGGCACCAACAAUGCAACUGUCGGAAAAAUGAAAGAGGUCAAUAGCUUGAUUAGGUUUUUCCUAAGUGCUAUAGAAGUUCCCGUAUUCGUAGGUGCGGUGCUGGCUAUCCUUAUUCUUGGGGAGAGAAACUUUUUCAGCCAACAAGUCGCAUAUCAAACUGAGCCCAUAGCAACUAUCGGUCAAUGGGCACCCAUUGUAGGCACUGGCUUAGCAGUCCUCGGGUCCUUAUACCGUCUCCUGGCAGCAAAUAUGGAGGCAGGCGUAGAGGACGUAUAUAAAAAUACUUCAAAGCAUCUCGAGUUCCAAAAACGGGGGAUUGGUCUGGGCAUUGCCCCAGAUCUAUCGCCAUCCCCCUCUCCAGAUGCCAUUGAAAUGAUGCGUCGAAGCCGUUCAAAUAGCAGUGGAAGAACUUCUCACGAGAUAGAGCAUCACGAAAUAGCGCAGACUUCAAGUAAUCGGCCUUCACUUGGCCUAACCAAGUCAUCAACAGACGUGGGAAACAGACGGAAAGUAGCCAAUGUUUUAACUGCAAUCGGUAAUUAUGUUGGUACUGCGGCAGAGUUCCGUCUAGACGACUCCGAAUUCAAACAUGGAAAAGCUGUUGACUUUCCAGAAAUUCCUGGAGAAGAUCAGCGAAAUCCAAAGCUUCCACAUAUUAGGGAAGCGUACAAUCAAACCCGCGAUGCCGACGGAAAUAUCACUCCCGUCUUGCGUCCUUCUCGAGCACCUAGCAUAAAUGGCAGUAUUAUCUCAGCGCUUGACAUUGAGUGUGGCACAGGGACUGCCGAGCCCGCGUCACCUCGGUCGCCAACGUCCCAAUUCUCUCCUUCGUCAGCAAACAGCGAUAAGCCAAGGGCGCGCCGGGAUACCCUUGAAGUUCCCUCGCAGGUUCAUCAUAAUCUUACACGGUAUGAUACCUCGAGAUCCGAGAGUCAGACCUCGCCCCUUAUCGUAGUCUCGUCCGAAACUAUAGCUAUACCUUCUCUAAUACAUACACCUCCUCCAAAGCCUCCCACACCACCUUGA